CGCACAAGCCAGGGGCGCACGUGCACAAGAGUACCGCGCAGACUCUGAAGGCAUAGGAAGGCGAAACGGGCGUCGUAGUCCAAGUCGGCAAUGGCUGAGGCUUCCCGGUGGCAUCUAGGUGGAACUCCGAAACGUAAACUGCGUUACAGAGAGGACGUAGAAAUUAGAACCACACUUCAGGAGUUGUUACUCUACUCUAUUUUUUUAAUAAACUUAUGUAUAUUGACUUUUGGGAUGGUAAACCCACAUAUGUAUUACUUAAACAAAGUUAUGUCAUCUCUAUUUUUGGACACAUCUGUGGCUGGUGAAGAAAGAACCAACUUUAAGUCUAUUCGCAGCAUAACUGACUUUUGGAAGUUUAUGGAAGGACCCUUUUUGGAUGGUCUGUACUGGGACUCAUGGUACAAUAAUGAGAAGCUGUAUGAUUUAAAGAACAGCAGUCGCAUCUACUAUGAGAACAUACUUUUAGGACUCCCCAGAGUCCGUCAACUAAAAGUCCGCAAUGGCACAUGCAAGGUCUAUUCAUUCUUUCGGUCUUUGAUGGAUGAAUGUUAUGACAAAUACACUUCUAAAAAUGAAGAUAUGGCUGAUUUUGGCCUUAAACAGGAUACUGAAUGGAAGUACUCUUCUCCUGGUAUGAACUCCCCUUGGCACUGGGGAUUUGUUGGUGUUUACCAAAAUGGGGGGUAUAUUUUCACUUUAUCAAAAUCAAAAUCUGAAACCCUAAACAAGUUCAUUAACCUCCGAAUGAACAGCUGGAUCACAAGAGGCACUAGAGUUAUUUUUAUUGAUUUUUCAGUAUACAAUGCUAAUGUAAAUCUAUUUUGCAUUAUCAGAUUGGUGGCAGAAUUCCCUGCAACUGGAGGAAUACUUACUUCAUGGCAGUUUUACUCUGUGAAGCUCCUCAGAUACGUUAGCUUCUAUGAUUAUUUUAUUGCUUCCUGUGAAAUCAUAUUUUGUAUUUUUAUUAUUGUCUUCUCAAUACAAGAAAUCAAAAAACUGAAAGAAUUUAAAUUUGCCUACUUCAAAAGUAUUUGGAACUGGCUAGAAUUAUUACUUUUGGUGGUAAGUAUAUUUUCACAGAUAUGGCUGAUAGAAAUCACAUCUGAACCCACAAAUGAGGGAGCCGUAAAAAAAAAAAAAAGUAGAAUUUUCUAUUCAUCUGUGAUUUAUUCUAAAAGCCGUAAGUAUCAACCAUAAGAUGAACUGUCAAAGUAGGUAUUAAUGGUGUGCCUCCAAAAGGGAGAAGUCUUUUUUUCUCUGAUUUGGUCCUUAUGAGAACUAGCAUAAACCUAGAGGAAUAGGUGAUUCCAUAGGUAUUAUGACUUAAUUGGCACAGUUAAGUCUCCCUAUUCCCACCCAAAAAUAUGUAUUUCUUACAGGAAUGUAUUGAAAAUAAAGAUUAUUUGCAGGCGAGGUCCUUUAAAAUGUAUUCUACAUUGCCUAAAUCUGCUAUCCUGAAUUUUUAAAUACGUAAAAGACAAGCCUAGGCAGAAUACUAAAGGUGGGGAUAAGGUUUGAGAAGCCAGAGCGGGUAGCUUGUAGGCCCAGAGGUGCCACCAGGAUUGGAGGAAUAGUCCUUGAAAGAAGCUCCAAAGACUGCCAGUUCUUAAAACUAGAAAAUACUAAAAUAAAUGUAGAGGGGAGGGCAAGACAAAUUGUAAGACUUUGGUUUUAGGAACAGUGAGCAAAUAUUCAGGCUUAUACAAUCUGAUCUUUCACUCUUAUUUGUCCUUAGUUAUAGCCAACAACUGAGUGUGUGUGUCUGUGUAUUUGUGUGUAUAUAUAUUUAUAUUAUAUAUAAUUAUAUAUUUUAGCCUGACAGUGACAAGACAGGUCCAGGUCACCUGUUCCCAAUGGCAGAACUUCACAGACUUGCCAGGCCUUCUACCUGGUGUAUGUGUGUGUAUGUGUGUGUAUGUGUGUGUAUGUGUGUGUAUGUGUGUGUGUGUUUGUGUGUGUGUGUAUGUAUAAAAUUUGUUUCCCAAAACCAAACUGAAAGUUUUUCUGGUACUCCCCAAUAAUGUUUAACAUAGGGCAUAAGCAUUAAAUGUUUAACUGAGUAUUUUAGGGAAGAGAAGUCAAAGGAAAUUUUUCAUAAUAGUUUUAACAGUCAUAUAGCUUUAUAAUAAUAAUAGAUAAAAGAUAAUCUGGUUCAAAAAUCCUCUCCUAAAAGAAUUGUUAGACACAGCCACCAGCCCAGAGCUGGACCACAUGAGUGCAAUUGCACACCCCCUGCUCCAGAAUCCUCCAGAGUCAGGUGGAGUGUGCUGCAUGGGGUAUUUAUAAACUCUGGGAUAAAGCCAGGCAGAAAGAAUUAGAUCGCGAUGUCCCAGCAUGGCCCUUCACUAUUCAGCCCCAACACACACACCUGUUUACCUGGACUGCACCUGGAAGAGCUGCAACCAAAUCUGCCUUCCUCCAGUCCCCCCUGGUGGUUUCCAAACUGCCCAGACCUGCCAUAAACCACUGAAUCCCAAAUGAUGACAGCAUUCUUCCAUGUUCCAUUAUUUCAGAACUAGUUUGGAGAAAUCAAGCCCUGAGCCUUUGGAGUGGGAGCACUGAAUCCAAGAUCCUAGACGACCAGUGAACUAACCCUAGGGAGCAUCAAAUAGUGAGAACUCACACAAAGGAAACCACCUGAAUACAAGACCCAGCAUCA